AUGGCGUGCCGCGACACGAAGCGCGCGCAGGACGCGAGGGAGAAGCUCUACCGCCCACUAGACAAGCAUAUCGCAACGUACAGGCAAGGAACGGAAGAUCACGGAUACGUGGUCGCGGAGAAGCUAUCGCUCGAGCCCGCGUCAACAUCAAACGUCGCGGCGCCCAACGGCGAGUUCCACCAUUAUAUUGUCAGCCCAGGCAUCACUGCCAUGAACAUGAAUACGUUGCCCAACAUUUCCAUACCUGGCUACCGCUACCUCAUGCUCGCCUCAUUCUACGUUUGCGCUUUAUCGGCUCGCCUCACGUCCUCCUGUCGCUACAGCGCAGCCGUUGCGGCAGUCUACCUCGCACUGAUCCCGCACUUCGCGAUUCCGACACCGCGCGACACCGUGCACGUCCCGCCCGAGGAUAUCCCCUGGUCAAGCUGGCACUCGUACUUCGGUAAGUUCACGAGGGACGCGGCGCCCCCGCGUGUGCUCACGCUCCGCUUUGGGUCUGAGAACGACGGGUGGGUGAACGGCUGCCCUAGGGCGAUGGCGAUGCCGGUGUGGGACGAGCACCAGUGGGCGAGUGCGCAGCUGCUGGAGCGCUUCAAGCGACUGUACCAGGUUUCCGUGCUGAAGAAAGCAGAGGGCGUGAGCGACACGGCCGCGAACGAGCACGCUGAGUGAUGACUAUGUGUAGGUUGGGCGUUUUACAUGGUAGGCAA